AUGGACCCUGCCUCCAUUAUUGGCUUAACCGGCUCUUGUUUGAGGCUUCUCACCAAAGUCGUUUUGACUUCUCGUCAGCUCAACGAUGUGGUCAAGGCUAUCAAGAAUGCCGACAAGACCAUCGUCCACCUCGCCGCACAACUUCAGCUUCUGGAGGCCGUUCUCAGCCAGCUAGAAUGUUGGCUGAAGCAGCGUCAAGACAUGGCACCGAAACUUGCGCAAACCCUCCGAAAGUCUCUGGCAGCAUCUGCCAUUAUCCUUGAGGACAUCAACAAGCACCUUCAAGGUGUUAAGCCUAAGUCUGGGGAAGACUCGACCACGUUUGGACGCAAAAUUCUUCUCAAAUGGAACCAGACCGAGCUCGAAGAGCACGGGAGAAUGAUAUCCGACCAGUUCCAGGCAUACGCAUUGCUCGUGAGCAUCGUGAACCUGCCAAAUCCGACUACGUUAAUCGAUGCCGAGAAUACCCGCCAGCUCCUUGACAAAGGCGAGGCCGAUGCGAUGUCCAUCAUUACCGCGAAAGACGCUGCGUCUCGAAUUGGGACACUCGCGGUGGACAGUGGAGAAAUGCUGGACAGCGAACUGGCGACAGACGAGGAAAUCGCCCGCUCCGGCCCCUAUCUCCAGAAUUACCGCAACCUCAUGCGCGGCGUCGUAAAUUUUCGUGAACAGAGCUUGGCAACGUCCUCGUCACUUUCUCUGCCAAAUGCGACAAACCGUCCGAAAGAUUCCUCGAGGAGCCCUAGCCAUACGACUCCGAAUUCGCGCCAAUCUAAGUUCGGUUGGGCGCGGAAGCUUAGUUCCCGGUACAGAGAGCUGUUAGAUACCUUGUGCAAUGCUGUCGAAUAUGCUGGCAUUGAUCAGGUGAAGAAGCUCGUUUCUGAGGGUGCUGAUAUCAACGGCUUGUCCAGCCGAGGAACACCGCUUCUCUUAGCUAUUUCCAGAGGCAGAACCGAAGUUGUGCGGCACUUACUCGAGGCCGGAGCGAACACUGAACUCGGCAACAAGGGGCAACUACCAGUCCAUCAUGCAGCCUCCUUACUCGAGACACACAUCAUGGAGCUUCUCUUCCAGCACGGGGCCAACCCACAAGCGUUGUCUUCGUCGGGUAGCACGGCUUUACAUCAUGCUGCUACCGAGGCAAUGGUGGAUUUGCUGAUUGAACACGGUGUAGAUGUUAUGGAGGAGGACACUGAUGGGUACAUUGCACUCAUGCGUGCGGCGUGGCGAGGCGAUGUCGGUGCUCUCAAAGGUCUACUGCGGCACAGUUCGCCUGCCGCGUUCGUAGUGACCAAGAGGGUGAAAAAUGAAGAUAAUUAUUUGGACACGCCGCUGUUGGUUGCCGUCGUGAAAGGAUCAGGCAGACAUUGCGUGGAGAUCGCCACGUGGCUUAUUGCCCAUGGGGCUGAUGUCCACCGCCGAUACCCGGCGACCAAAGUCACAAUUCAGUACCUCAAGGACUCCAACCCGCCGAUGAGAAACUUCUGGGGCUCUUGUGCUGCAACCACAUCGAUAGAGGAGCACCGUGUGUGA